GCUGGGCUUGACAGUCUCAGCUCUCCUCUUGUGUGUGUCAGCUUGAAGGAGAAAGUGAGCAGAGGGCCUUUUGGGGAGCUGUGGUGUGAACUGUGAAGAUGGGAUUAGGAGAUCUCGCCUGUUAAGAACUGGAGUUUUGAAGCUGGGAAGAGAAAUUAUCCCAACAAAGCACAGAAGCCAUGGGAGCUGAAGAAGAAAUGCUCAUCACUUUGUCUGGAGGUGCCCCCUGGGGCUUCCGGCUGCAAGGGGGCUCAGAGCAGAAAAAACCCCUUCAAGUGUCUAAGAUCCGAAAGAGAAGCAAAGCUUGUCGGGGAGGGCUGUGGGAAAAUGAUGUGCUGGUGUCUAUCAACGGCAAGUCCUGUGCUGGCCUCUCCCAUGCUUCUGCCAUGCAGAUCAUCGACUCCUCCAACGGGACGCUCAACAUCCGUGUGAAAAGGGUAGUUGGUGGGGACCAGACUGGCCCACGGCUCCAGCGCUCCUCCUCUCCAGGGACACGAGUGCUCUCCCCACCAUCUCCCCUCAGCCCCCCAGCACAGCUCCUCAGCCCUGACCCAGCAGGAGCCACCCCACAGCCCUCUCAACCACGGAGGCCACAGAAGCACCUGGAGAGCCUCACCUCCCCUCCAGACAGCGAGGCCUACUACGGGGAGACCGACAGCGACGCCGACAACGUGGCCCAGGAGAAGCACCGCCGGGCGCGCAAGAAGAGCCCGCGCUCCCCGCCCGACAGCACCGCCAGCAAGGGGGAGGCACCUCAGGAUGAGGUGUCCCUGUCUGAGCAGAGUGGCUAUGAGAGCAUGCCAGAAGCUGCUGCACAGGAGGGAGCUGAGGUGGCCAGGUCCAGCGGGGUGGCCAAGAGGGAGAUCUCCUGCCUGCCCGGCAGCCGUGCGGAAACCCCCUUCUCCGACAGUGAGGGGCAGCUGCGGCCACCAUCAGCAGAGGGACGGGAGCCUUCCCCAGAGGCCAUGCUCCUGCCCCAUGCCACCAAGGCUAUCCAAGCAGAACGCCAUCUCAUCCCCAUGGUGGGGCCAGUGGAGCACCCCGUUGAUGAAGACCUGACCACCACGUAUGCAGAGAAAGCCAAGCAGGCCAAGCUUCACCGCCACGAGAGCGUCCAAGAGAAGAACGUGAAAGAGGCCAAAACCAAGUGCAGGACCAUUGCUUCCCUGCUGACAGAUGCACCCAACCCCCACUCCAAGGGGGUGCUGAUGUUCAAGAAGCGGAGGCAAAGGGCUAAGAAGUACACCCUGGUGAGCUUUGGGAGCGUGGACGAAGACCGCUCCUACGAGGAGGAAGACGGAGUUUUCCCUACGAGUGAGUCUGAAUUUGAUGAGGAAGGUUUCUCUGAUGCCCGAAGCCUAACUAAUCACUCAGACUGGGACAACACUUACCUGGACAUUGAAAAGGCCAGGUCUGACUCUGAACAGAAGGAAGAGAAGCAAAAAGGUUUGACUGAGGCCUCAGGGAAAGGAGCAAGACUGUUUGAGCAGCAGAGGGAACGGGCUGGGAAGUACACGGUCGAGAAAGUCUCCACAGAGAAGAGCCCCCAGCUUGCCCCAGCUGCCCAGCUGCAGCAGGGCACAGUGAACGGGGACAUGCCUGUGCCACAGAAGGCCACCAGCCUGCCCCUCAGCAUCCAGCUGGAAGGCAUGGAGGUGCCCAGCAAGCAGACUGCCACCCUCCCCACCCAGCUCCUGGCUCCCCCCAGCCCCACUUUCUUCCUGCCUCCCCCGAGCACCCCCGAGCCCUUCUCUGCCAGCACGACGAGCAUGUUCAACAGGUCUGCACGGCCCUUUACUCCUGGUAUUACUGCCCAACGCUCAGCAACAUCCUCUGUCAUCUUCAGACCAUCUGCACCCAGAAAACCAAGUGAAAGUCUGGGUGGGCAGAGCACGGUGGUUCCCCCUUUCUCUCCUCCAGCCCCAGGAACACCCGGCAGCGCGCCGGCAGCAACGCACUGUGCUCCUCUCAGCUCCUCCACAUCUCUCUAUAUUCCUGCACCAGGGAGGCCAACACCACAACUGGAGUCACAGCCAGGAGGAGGAGGAAGUGCUCCAGAGACCAAACCUGCUGCCAGCACUGCCCGGACAUCCACCAGCUCUAUCUUUCUGUCAGCUCCCUCGAAGCCGGGAGGGGAGGCAGCCUCCACAGCGCCCCAGCUGCGGGUCCCUGGAACAGCCUCCUCUUCUUUGUAUAUCAGUCCAGCACCAUCCCAGCACACAAGAGGCAGUUCCCCUGUGCCAAAUCAACCUUCCCCUGCUGCCUCACCAGCAAUGCCACGGCCUCCUUCCGAGCCCUUAACCUCCAGAGAGCAGAGGAUUGCUGUGCCAGCUCCCCGCACAGGCAUCCUGCAGGAGGCUCGCCGGCGGGGCAACAAGAAACCCAUGUUCAGUAAGAUUGAGGAGAAGAAGAAGAACUCACCCAACCCCGAGCUCCUGUCUCUGGUACAAAACCUGGAUGAGAAGCCAAAAGGUGACCACCCCGGAGCAGGCUUUGAGUCUGGGCCUGAGGAGGACUUCCUCAGCCUGGGUGCUGAGGCCUGCAACUUCAUGCAGUCCUCUGGCCGUAAGUUCAAGACCCCACCCCCAGUGGCUCCUAAACCCCAGCAGCAAGAUGCUGGACUGGUAAAUGGGGCCCAGGACAUGCCCCAGCUGAAGGGCAAGGGGGCUGAGCUCUUUGCCAAACGCCAGAGCCGCAUGGACAAAUACGUGGUGGAGACAACACCGAAACCAGAAUCCAAGCCCAGGACCCCCUCUCCCUCCCCUUCUCUGCCCUCAUCCUGGAAAUAUUCACCCAACAUCCGGGCUCCCCCUCCAAUAGCUUACAACCCCAUGCAUUCCCCUUUCUACCCCCUGGCAGCCAGCAAAUCUCAGGCUAGCAAAGCAGAGAGCAAAGUGAAAAAGGCACCUGGCCAGAAAUCAGGGAUCAAGGUCAUCGACGUGAUGCGUCACCAGCCCUACCAGUUAAAGUCAGCCAUGUUCUGCUUUGGGGAGCCCCCGAGCCCCAGUGCUCAGGAGCCUCCUGGCAAGCCACAGGCCAGCUCAUCCUUCCCAGCAGCCAAGCAGGUCCCUGUCAAAACAGCCAAGACCCAGGAGAUCCGUCGCUUCUCCACUCCAGCUCCCAUGCCAGCCUCGAGCAGCCUGGCACCCACUGUGCUGGUGCCCCGCUCGGCCACCACGCUGGAUGAGCCCCUGUGGAGAACAGAAAUGGCUGCUUCUGCCCCUGCUACACCAGCACCCUUCCAGGUAGAGCUCAGCCAGUCCCCUCCCAAGCCAUACCCCAGCUCCCCAGAGCCCGGGCAGGGGGGUCAGGGGCUCUCCCCAAACCCAGCUUCAGCCUCUCGGUUUCAGGUGGCCAGGCCCAAGUUCUCAGCAGCAAGAACAGGGAUGCAGGCCAAUGUCUGGAGGCCAAGCUUUGGCCACCACUGAGGCAGGCACAUCCCAUCCCAUCCCAUCCCAUCCCAUCCCAUCCCAUCCCAUCCCAAACCAUCCGUGGCCCUGCAGAGAUAGUGCUCGUUUUGUCUUUUCAUGUCAGCUCAGCACAUUGGGAUGAAUGACACAAAAUGAAGAAAAAGAAAAAAAACAAAAAGAAUGAAAUUACUCCCCUUCUGCACCACUCUCUUCCCCAGCAUCCCCGGGGUCUCAGAUGGGCAGCUUCAUGGCAAGGCUUAGUGGCUGUGGCAGGAGGAAGGAUGUGGGGAGAGGGCACCUGUGUGGCACAGAGAGUGGGAACUUGCAGGCAGCAGCAACCCCACCUCUGGAGGAGGUUAGUGACACAGACACAGGGCUUGUGUCACAGGAGGAGCUGAAAGCAGUUGUGACUUUCCUUUCCCAAGGGCUUUGGAGUCACCCCUGAGCAGAGGGAGAGUGGGAAGCAGGAGCUUCCCAGGAGGAAAGUGUCAGAGGUGGGGUUACAGCUCUGGGUUCUGUCAGUCCAUACACACACACAUCCACAGGGAGUGGGAAGUCAAAGGGGGGCUGCACCUUGGACAUUUCUCCCAGACUCUCUGGAGGGGCCUGGGAAAGGAGAGAGCAGAGUGAGCAGUGUGCCUAGCACAGGGAGGUGGCCACGUGUGCCCCUUCCUCCAGGCAUCAGGGCUGGGGGGAAGAGGGAAAAGGGAAAGUCAUCCCAGCUGGAGCUAAAUCUAUGGCUACCAGAUCUGGAAGCAGUUUGCCAAAGAGGGGUGUUGAAUGUUCACAAGCUGGGGGAACCUCAAAGGAAGUGUCAGGUUUUGAGAACAGCCAGAUUAAAAGGUGAGCUGAGACACAAGGAGAGCCCUGCAGCAUCAGGUCAGGGCACAGAUGCUGUAAGUACAAAGGAGGGUUGUGUGGGAGAAGGUGGAGUUGUUGUCACAAGGAGGCAGGAUUGCACAUGCAAUUGCACAUCAUCUUUCUGUGCAGUUCAGGAGAGAGGUGUGGCCAGAUCAGAACUGGAUCAUGACAUCAAACUUGCUGAACUCUGGUACCAGGGUUGGAAAACAGGGCCCCUUUUACAGGGGCUCUCCCUAGGGAAGUGGAGGACAGGGAAACAAAGUCACAAACAGAAUUUCAUGCUAAAGGAUUUAAGUAUCCUUGGGCUCUGAUUGUUAAAAAUUGAAGUGCUCUGAGGGUGAUUUGCACCUACACAUACACAGAGAGCUCAGUUUGCUGAGGAAACAGGACUGCAGUGUCCCUUCCCCUCAGGCCCUUACAGCUCAGGGCUCUCAGAGCCUGAGUGACUCAGGAAAUUAAUUUUGCCACUGGAAAACAAACAAAAAAAGAGAGCUCUGGCCUUAGCAUGUAAAGGAGAUUGCAAACAGGUGGUAUUUCAGGGGUCCCACUCAAGAUUUCAAAGAGACACUGCUGCAAGCCAAGGAGUGAUGGCCAAACAGUGCUGAAUGUUAGAUCAGGACACAAGUGAGUGGAGUGACUGCAUUUGGCCCAUCCUUUCUGAUGGUGUAGUGGGCAGGAGGUGAGUAAAGUUGGAGAAUGUACAUUAAACACCUGAGCAAGGAAAAGAUCAGGAGGUUUGGGGUCCUGCAUUUCACUUCUAACCUGUUUUGGUCCUAAACAUCUGCGUUUAGAAGAAAAGCCCCAGUAGUCUGAUGGAUCUCAGCCCCUCUCAGUCUUUCCUGGCUCCUCUGCUGGCACAGGACUUGAACUGCAGAAGCUGAGGGUGUUGCAGAUGAGCCCUGCAGUGCUUGUCCAGUAUCCCCAGUAAGAGCUGUGGCUGCAAGUAGCACGAGAUGAGAAAUAAUUCUGAGAUGCAUCUGCUAAGCUAUAAGGAAGAAACCUGCACUACUGCUGGCUUCAAGCAGCUCUGCUAGUGCCUGCUUAUGAAAAUAUAGUGACUGGGCUGUUAGAAAGGUCACAGGUGAGGUUAUGAGGAAUACUUCUGAAUCGUAUAAGCUUGUCUUAAGCCUUUCUGAAUUUCUGAUUCCUCAGCUGUUGAACAAGCACAGACAGAAACAGUUGUUUCUCAAGUUUUAGCUCCCACCUGCUAGGUUUUCCCAGUGUCCCCCUGGUGUCCCCCUGUUCAGUGUUUGAAGAUGUCUGCAUUGGCUCUGAUCUAAAGCUGCCUCUCAUCCCUCCUCUCUAGCAUGCUGUAGGUCACACACUGCACCCAUGGCAAGGCUGGGGGGUUAUCUUUACUUCUGAUGUAUCAGUCCCUUCCCACUAAAUACAUGGGAGCACUUGCCAGAGAUAAAUAACCUCAAAAUCCUGCAGCAGCUGAGGGGAAGAAUCUUAGAAGAGAGACUGGAGUGGUGAGGGGUCACAGUCACCAGGCAGGACACACUGCAAGACAGCCAUGGCUGCUGCCUGGAAAUAGGCUCCCUCUCUGCUUUGAUAUCCAGCACCCCCUGGAAGAGACUCAUCCCUGCUCUGAAAAUGGGAGCCUGGCAGCCGUGCCCCCUCUCUGGUGGAAGAUGUGACCCCAAAAGGAGAGCAGAGAGCAGAGCUGGCAUCUUUGUUUAUGGAAAUAGUUUUUUUUUCUUUUUCUGUUUGUUUUGGUUUUUUUGUUGGUUUUUUUUCCAAUUUACAGUCACUUUCUAUUUGUUUGUGCAGAAGAAUAAACUUGUGAUAUGCACUUUA